CACAUCGCUGACUAUUCUUUGACCGACAUAAAGUUUUUGUUGGUAUCUGAUUUACCGGUAGACCUCAUACUAGGAAUGGACGUACUGGGAGUGUACAAUUUUUCCCUUAACCUUAGCACCGCCGAGUGCUAUCUGGAAGGCCGACUAAUCUCCAAACCAACACCUAAAGUGGGAAAAACUGUGGAGGUACACGCCACUGGCGAACACUUGCUGGAACUGACCAAGGCACAGAAAAAGAAGUUGGAUGCUUUUCUCGCCAGAGAAAUGAAGGAGUUCGAGAAGUUGUCCGGCACCACGAAACUGAUAGAACACAAAAUCAAACUCAAACCUGGGACAGAACCGAUUAAACAGCGAUACCGGCCACAGAAUCCGAAGAUGCAGGAAAUCUUCAACCAGGAAGUAGAUCGAAUGCUGGCUGAGGGAGUUAUUGAGCCUUCUAAGUCGCCGUGGAGUUCACCUGUUGUGUUAGUCAAAAAGAAGGACGGUAAAUACCGGUAACAGGGAUACUGGCAAAUACCGUUAGAAAAGGAUAGCCGGCCUAUUACAGCAUUCACGGUCCCGGGGAGAGGACUAUUUCAGUUCACCGUCAUGCCAUUCGGCUUACACGCAAGCCCAGCCACGUUCCAGAGAUUCCUGGAUACCGUAAUAGGUCCCGAAAUGGAGCCCAAAGCGUUUGCCUAUCUAGACGAUAUAGUCGUUCUAGGGGAAACCUUUGAAGAACACAUGGAGAACUUAAGGGAAGUAUUCAGACGACUAAGGGAAGCCA